UUUAAAAAUUACACGGUACAGUAGAAAACGUUCUAUUAAGUAGCUAACUAGCUCAGCUCACACACUUCGUCUCCACUAUACUACCUAGCUAGUCUACCUCCAUUGGUGCCUAGCUAGCUAGCUAGGCUAAGGAGGGAGAGGGUUCGAGAUGGCCAUGGCCGGCGGCGAGCCGACGCUGAUGCCGGUGUCGGCGAUGUGCACGCCGGCGUUCGUGGCGCGGGUGGUGCGGAGCCGGUGGUUCGUGGUGUUCGCGUCGAUGGUGGUGAUGGCGGCGUCGGGGUCCACCUACAUCUUCGCGCUCUACUCCAAGGAGCUCCGCUCCACGCUGGGCUACAACCAGCAGACGCUCAACACCCUCAGCUUCUUCAAGGACCUCGGCACCAACGUCGGCGUCGUCUCCGGCCUCGUCCAGCAGGUGGCCCCCACCUGGGCGGUGCUCCUCAUCGGCGCCGCCAUGAACCUCGCCGGUUACCUCAUGGUCUACCUCGCCCUGGACCGCCGCACGGCGGCGCCGCCGGUGUGGCUCAUGUGCGUGUACAUCUGCGUUGGCGCCAACGCGCUCACCUUCUCCAACACCGGCGCGCUCGUCUCCUGCGUCAAGAACUUCCCGGAGAGCCGCGGCAUCGUCAUCGGCUUGCUCAAGGGCUUCGUGGGGCUCAGCGGCGCCAUCUACACGCAGCUCUACCUCGCCAUCUAUGGCGACGACGCCAAGUCGCUGGUGCUGCUCAUCGCGUGGCUCCCCGCCGCCGUGUACAUCUUCUUCGUGCACACCAUCCGCGUGCUGCCGUACCGGCGGCGGGGCGACGGCGAGGAGCUCGACAGCAAGCCCUUCUUCUGCUUCCUCUACAUCUCCAUCGCGCUCGCCGCCUACCUGCUCGUCAUGAUCGUCGUGCAGAAGCAGGUCCGCGGCUUCUCCCACGCGGCGUACGUCGUCGGCGCCGCCGCGCUCCUCCUCAUCCUCUUCCUCCCGCUCGCCGUCGUCGUCAAGGAGGAGCGCAAGAACGCGUCCCACCUCGAGCGCGCCCUCCAGCAGCCGCCGUCGAUCGCCGUCGAGCACCCCACGCCCACGAAAGAAGCCGACGGCGAGCCGGCGACGUCGUGCGUGGGGAGGAUGUUCAGGCCGCCGGAGUUGGGGGAGGACUACAGCAUCAUGCAGGCGCUGGUGAGCGUGGAGAUGGCCGUGCUGUUCGUUGUGUCGGUGUUUGGCAUCGGCGGGACGCUGACGGCGAUCGACAACAUGGCGCAGAUCGGGCAGUCGCUGGGCUACCCGGCGAAGAGCAUCAACACGUUCGUGUCGCUCAUCAGCAUCUGGAACUACGCCGGCCGCGUCGGCGCCGGCUACCUGUCGGAGAUGCUCCUCGCCCGGUACAGGUUCCCGCGGCCGCUGGCGCUCACCGCCGUGCUCCUCGCCUCCUGCGUCGGCCACCUCCUCAUCGCGUUCGGCGUCCCGGGCUCGCUCUACGCCGCCUCCGUCAUCAUCGGCUUCUGCUUCGGCGCGCAGUGGCCGCUGCUGUUCGCCAUCAUCUCCGAGGUGUUCGGCCUCAAGUACUACUCCACGCUCUUCAACUUCGGCUCCGCCGCGAGCCCCAUCGGCGCCUACGUGCUCAACGUGCGGGUGGCGGGGCGGAUGUACGACGCCGAGGCGGCCAGGCAGCACGGCGGCGUCGCCGUCGCCGGCGACAAGAUCUGCAAGGGGGUGAUGUGCUUCAAGCGCUCCUUCCUCAUCAUCACCGGCGUCACCUUCGCCGGCGCGCUCGUCUCGCUGCUGCUCGUGUGGAGGACGAGGAGCUUCUACAAGGGGGAUAUCUACGCCAGGUUCAAGGUGGCGCCGGCGACGGCCGCGACGUCGGCGGCGGCGGCGGCGGAGGCGAGCUCGCCGGAGGUGGAGGAGAAGAAGGGCACUGAGAAGAACAAGAAAGACGGAGUUCAUGAACACGUGUCUAACUGAAGAUGAUGGAUGACUAAUUAACCUAUAUAUUUUUCAGUUGUUUUGAACGAUAAUUAGUGGGAAGAUGAAACAGUUUGUGUAUUAUUACUGGUGAAUCUGUGUACUUCCGUGUUAAAAUGUGAUGAGGUAAAUUCGCAUGGCUCGGAUAGUUUUCAAAUU